AUGGCUGUUUCUCCACCCAGAUACCGUUCCACCCUCGCAUUCUCCUUCUCCUUUCUCUUCUUCCUCGCACUCUGCACCCCUCUCACCGCCGCCACAGGCUUCGCCGGUUCAGCCUGCCUCAGUGUCUCCGCCUCCCGCUUCGCCGGCUCAAUCACCCAAGUCAUCACCGCCAUUGAAAAACUCUCGUCCAUUCUCUCACGCUUCUCCACGCGCUUCGCCGACUUCCGCCUCGCCACUGCUAUCGCCGACUGCCUCGACUUGCUCGACCUCUCCUCCGACGUCCUCUCCUGGGCCCUCUCCGCCUCUCAGAACCCCAAAGGGAAGCAUAACAGCACGGGGAACCUGAGUUCCGAUUUGAGGACAUGGCUAAGCGCGGCACUUGCGCAUCCACAAACUUGCAUGGAGGGAUUCGAAGGGACGAACAGCAUUGUGAAGAGUUUGGUAUCGGCUGGCAUCGGCGAAGUGGUGACGUUGGUGGAGCAGCUUCUGGCGCAGGUGGUGCCCGUACACGAUGAAUUUGACGCGAGCAAGGGGCAAUUUCCCUCGUGGGUUAAACCCAAGGAAAGGAAGCUUCUGCAAUCGAUUGGAGUGAGUCCUGAUGCUGUGGUUGCUUUGGAUGGGAGUGGGAACUACACUAGGAUCAUGGAGGCGGUGCUUGCGGCGCCCGAUUACAGCAUGAAACGGUUUGUGAUUUACAUAAAGAAAGGUGUUUAUGUUGAGAACGUGGAGAUCAAGAAGAAGAAAUGGAACAUCAUGAUGGUUGGAGAUGGGAUGGACGCCACCUUUAUCUCCGGUAACCGGAAUGUCGUCGACGGUUGGACCACCUUCCGGUCACCUACAUUCGCUGUGAGUGGCAGAGGGUUCAUAGCAAGAGACAUUUCCUUUCAGAACACGGCAGGGCCUGAGAAGCACCAAGCAGUGGCACUGAGAUCAGACUCAGACCUUUCCGUGUACUACCGAUGUGGGAUUUUCGGUUACCAAGACAGCCUAUACACCCACACCAUGCGCCAAUUCUUCAGAGAAUGCAGAAUAACAGGCACAGUGGACUUCAUCUUUGGCGACGCCACUGCCAUGUUCCAAAACUGCUUGAUACAAGCCAAGAAAGGCUUGCCAAAUCAGAAGAACACGAUCACAGCACACGGUAGAAAAGAUCCAAAUGAGCCAACAGGUUUCUCAUUCCAGUUCUGCAACAUCACUGCAGACUCUGACCUUGAACCCUUGGUCAGCACCACUCAAACGUACCUGGGCAGACCCUGGAAGGCUUACUCACGAACCGUUUUCAUGCAAUCGUUCAUGAGUGAGGUGAUAAGGGCAGAAGGGUGGUUGGAGUGGAAUGGAAACUUUGCUUUGGACACAUUGUACUACGGUGAGUACUUGAACACUGGAGCAGGUGCUGGCAUAGCUAACCGUGUGAAAUGGACAGGGUACCAUGCAUUGAAUGAUUCAAGCCAGGUGAAUAACUUCACAGUGACUCAAUUUAUUGAGGGGAAUCUGUGGUUGCCUUCCACUGGAGUGACCUACACUGCCGCAUUCACGGUUUAA